AUGGAGUGUAAACUUGAAGCAAUUUUAUUAUCUGCUCUUUGUGAGCUCCCUAAAGCUGAAGAACCAAACACCAGUGUGCGACCGAUUCGAGAUUCUUCUGUGCGAUCCUUUGGCCAGUGGAUUGUCAAUCGUAAUUGGGAUAACUUGAAUGAUGCACUUGAGUGUGACACAGCAUCUGCAUCGGUUGAUAAAUUCCUGAAUGUACUGAAUGACGCCUACCACUUACACUUUCCGAUAGUAAACUCAACCAGGAAGCGCAGUGACAAACCUUGGAUAACCCAUCGCAUUAAAAAAGGACUUGAUAAACCAGGUCACUAUGACAACCUGUGUACUGUCGAUUUCACUAAAGCAUUUGACUGUGUCAACCUUAAUGUUGAGAUUAGAAAACUGAUUGAUCUUGGAGUCAGGAGAUCCAUCAUUCCUGUCAUCUGCAGUUUCCUUGCUGAGCGGACCCAGAACACCAAACUCAAUGGCCACCUUUCCUCCAGUCAGGGAAUCUCGUGUGGUGUGCCUCAAGGCACAAAAUUGGGUCCGAUCUUGUUCCUGGUUUUGAUAAACGACGCAUCAGCAGGGUGCUGCAGACGUUGA